GCUGUUUGUGCCGUGAGCUGCCCCAGGAAGUUAAUCGCUCUCGCUGCAGUGACUGGGGCGCUGGGGGGAGCCCGCGCUCCUUGCAAGAUCCCCGAGCCCCGGCGGCUGCUGCUGGGGACCCCGGAGCCCUGGCUGCAGCCGGGAGAGGGGAAUCUCCAGCACUGACAUUCCCGCUGCUCCCAGGAGCCUCUCCCAGUGCAGAGCCCCCAGCCUGGCCAGGACCCCCCUUCCCGGGCCCCAGCCCCUGCUCCCAGGGCGGGCACCGCUUGGAGGGAAGGCUGCAGAAUGACAACCAUGUUUUGCUCCAUAUCAUCCCAUCUUCCUAGGGAACGGGUCAGGGAAUUGGCUGUGGUGGAUCCAUCUCAGAUGCCGGUGACCUUCGAGGAGGUGGCUGUGUAUUUCACCGAGAGGCAGGGUGUUCUGCUGGACCCCAGUCAGAGAGUCCUCUACAGGGACGUCAUGCAGGAGAAUUAUGAGACUGUGGUCUCACUGGGACUCCCCAUUCCCAAACCUGACCUAAUUGUCCGGCUGGAAGCAGGAGAAGAGCCUUGGGUCCCGGAUCUCCAGGUGUCUGAGGAAAGGAAGAUCCCAAGAGGAACCCACCCAGCAGGUGAUGAGACAAUGAGUGAGAACAAGGAGGGAGAUCCACAGCAGGAAGGACUUGAGCAAAUGGAACUCAAGGGGACUUUUUUGAGAAAAGCUGGAGGGAAGCUCUCCCAGUCCUUGGAACAGAGAAAAGCCUGGAAUAAUUGGCACAGGUCAGAAAGGAAUCGAGGAAAAUGCCCAUGGAAGAAAAUGGAGGAACACAUUGAAUGUGGGAGAGGAGGCAAGGAUCCUAAGGAAUCCGCAGCCCAGCAGACAAAUCAGAAGGAAAAGAAACCAUAUACAUGCUUGGACUGUGGGAAAAGCUUCAGUCAGCGCUCAGGCCUUAUUUGUCACAAGAGAAUCCACACAGGAGAGAGGCCAUACAAAUGCCUUCAGUGUGAGAAAAGUUUCAAUGCACCAUCAGCCCUUAUUGUACAUCAGCGAACCCACACAGGAGAGAAACCCUUUAAAUGCUUGGACUGUGGGAAAAGUUUCAGUCGGCGCUCAGCUCUUAAUAGCCAUGGGACAAUCCACACGGGAGAGGGACCAUAUAUGUGCCUUGAGUGUGGGAAAAGUUUCAGUGUACCCUCGGCCCUUAUUACACAUCAGAGAAUCCACAUGAAAGACAAACCCUUUAAAUGCUUGGACUGUGGAAAAAACUUCAGUCAGCACUCGGGACUUAUUAACCACAGGAGAAUCCACAUGGGAGAGAGACCAUAUAAAUGCCUUCAGUGUGGGAAAAGUUUCAUUGUAACAUCAGCCCUUAUUACACAUCAGAGAACCCACACGGGGGAGAGACCCUAUAAAUGCCUUCCGUGUGGGAAAAGUUUCAAUGAAUCAUCAACCCUUAUUGUACAUCAGAGAACCCAUGCUGGAGAGAGACCCUAUAAAUGCUUGGACUGUGGGAAAAGCUUCAAUCGGAGCUCAAAUCUUACUACCCAUCGGAGACUGCACACGGGAGAGAGACCCUAUAAAUGCUUGGACUGUGGGAAAAGCUUCAAUCGGCGCUCGAAUCUUACUACCCAUCAGAGACUGCACACGGGAGAGAGACCCUAUAAAUGCUUGGACUGUGGGAAAAGCUUCAGUCGGAGCUCGAAUCUUACAACCCAUCGGAGACUGCACACGGGAGAGAAACCCUAUAAAUGUUUGGAUUGUGGAAAAAGCUUCAGUCGGCGCUCAAUCCUUAUUAGACAUGGGAGAAUCCACACAGGGGAGAAACCAUAUAAAUGCUUGGACUGUGGGAAAAGCUUCAAUCGGAACUCAAAUCUUACUACCCAUUGGAGACUGCACAUGGGAGAGAGACCCUAUAAAUGCUUGGACUGUGGGAAAAGUUACAGUGGAUCAUCAGCCCUUAUUGUACAUCAGAGGAUCCACACAGGAGAGAGACCCUAUAAAUGUUUGGACUGUGGGAAAAGUUUCAGUCGGCGCUCAAUCCUUAUUAGACAUGGGAGAAUCCACACAAGGGAAAACUGUGAAAAUGCCUCUGCUGUAGAAAAAGCUUCAGUCAGAACUCACAUCUUAUUAGACAUUAGACAAUCCACAUAAGAGAGAAUCCCCAUAAAUACUUGAAUGGUGGGAAAGGUUUCAGUCCCAGGCCAAAUCUUCCUAAACAUCAAAGAAUUCACAAGGGACAGAGUCUAUAAGUGCCUCAACUGUGGGAAAAAAUUUCAUUUGAAUAUCAAACCUUGCUUCACAUUAGUUGAUCCACAUGAGAGAGAACCCAUAAAUACUUGGACUGUGGGAAAAUCUUCAAUAAUUGCAGGGAAAGAUUGAGUCUAAGCUCACACAUUAUUCCCCAUGAGAUAAUUCACAGAAGAAAGAGCUUGAAUGUGGGAGUACCUUCUUUUGGUGCUCACACAUCAUCAAGCAUCAGCAAAUCCAAACAGGGAGGAUCCCUCUCAGAUGUCCUUAGCAUGGAAAAAGGUUCAGUUGGAGCUAACACCACAUCAGAGACUCCUCCACACAGGAGAGAAAUUCUCUCAGUGCCCUGACUAGGGCUGGUCUUAGUAAAAACUCCAUUUCCUAAUUCCCACACACAACAGUGGCAUUUGGCUCCAGCUGCCCAUGUCUGGGGGGCAGGUUCCAGCAGCAGCUAACCCUGAUCAGGUCAACCUCUCCUCCCUGCUAAUGGGCUUUCCUGCCUCCUGGUAACCUGCUGAGGAAUGGGAGAGAGAAAUUCCUCCAGAAGCUCCCUCUGCCUGGAUGAAGUUCUUUUCUCUCCUUUCCCUUCCCAGUCAGGAUGCCCCUUCCAUAAAGACUAGGAAAUGGAUACUUGGGCAAGGCUCCACAUUCACUCUGGACACGUGUCCCCACCCUCCAUUUUCCAGUAGCCUAUGGGCUGGGCUCCUCCACUUACCUGGAGCUAGUCCCUGCAGGGUGAGUGUCCUGAGUGCUGGCAACUCUUCUCCUCCCUAAAUCCCUAAGGUGCUGGGUUCUGGGAGAUCAAAUAUGAAGGGAUCAGGAGGGAUGGGUUUUGGGGAAGACAGUGGGUGACUGAAUGGGUGGUUCUGGUAGAUAUGGGGAGCAUAGGUUACUUGGUGCUGAGGAAAUCAAGUGUUAGGGAUCGUGGGAUAAGAGAGGAGAGUCCAGGGAAGAGAGGUGUUGCCUCUAAUCACUCACCCCCUCUGCCCCUUUUCCCUGCCCCCUCUGUAUUCAGAAAGCUUCACUGGGAGGGGCUGAUUUCCACAGGGACUUUUGUGGGAUCCCACCUCUGCCUCAUCAGCAUCAGCCUCCGAGGGUCCAUCUGUGUUGGGAAAGGUUGUGGAGAUUAGCAAGCAAAUCUCCCCUGAACACCCUCUGCCCCCCCCCGGUCCUAGUUUAGACUGACCCCAAGCAUCUUACAUGGUCUCUUCCCCCCCAUUAGCAGAGGGAUUGUUAGUCAGUGAGUUCCCCCUUUGGGGAGAGAUUGUCUCAUUCCCACAUACUCUCACAUUGCUCCAGGUUAUGCAAAAUAAAUAAAUAAAUUAAAUAAAUAAUUACUUUUUGUACAUUGACUCCCUUAGAGAUCAGAAUUAGAUUCUAAAUUCUGGAGCAGGGAUAGGAAAAUGUGGUGUUUAGGUUCUGUGUUAUUUGAGAGUGAUGGGGUGAAUUGGAGGGAUUCCCUCUGCCCCCCCCCCACUUCAUUGCCACAGUCCUCCUGACACAGCAACCUCUGUCCGAGCCCUGGAGAGUUUAUCCUCUCCUCAUUCUACCCCCCACCUCCCAGCGUGGCACUUACCACAAUGUUCUUUGCUCUCCAUGCUUAAGAAUCACUUUAUUUCUUUGAUCCUGACUCAGACUCGUGAGGGCUAGAGAUGAAAGUGUCCCAGACCUGGAGGGGGAAUUCAGAUGAACCCCAAAACUCUGUUUGAGCUUUCUGAGCUUAAAUCUCUGUUUCUAUAUAUUGUUAAAGUGGCUUCUGAGCGUUUUCCAGCCAAGUCCGGAACAUUUGGAGAUGGGCAGAUUUUGACUUUGGUUUCUUUUUUUCUUUCUCACAUUAUGAGGCUGCUAAAACUUUUGUAAAUGACAACCAAAUAAUGAGGAGGUGCUGAGUGCAGCAGGUUUGGCCAGUUCAGAAGAAAAUGUAUAAAUUUGUUUUCCUUCUUUAGGAAGUUAGAAUUCUGUGGGAUUUCUCUUUAUGAACCGGAAAGUGUUUUGUAGCCCAUCUUGUAGUGUUGAUUUUUCUCUCCUCCUGAAGGACAUUUGGUGACAUACUUUGAUAUUAGUUUAGUUUGACAGGAUCUAGCAUAGCUUUUUUGAGGAUUUUACGAGAGAAACGGUUGUUUCCCAAAAGAGUCCUUUUUAUUUAUUUUAACCUUUUUCUUUACCCUUUGUCAUGAGAUGUUUGUGUGUUUCAACAAUGAACAUUAUCACUAUCUCUCAGCACGAACACUGAGGGUGAGUGCUAGACUCACAUUCAGAGAGGCUGAAACUAAACGGGGCAUGGAGUUACUGCCUGAUCCCUCCAGAGAUGUCAGAUGCAGUGCGAAGGGGCAGAGGAUGGGCAGUGAGGGGAACAGAGGUGGGAAACUACAGACUUUCCUCUUGAGAGCCAGACAGUGGAGGCUGAGAACUGUGAACUUGCUGCAUCAAUGCCAGAGAGACAGAGGAAUUGCCCUAUGAGUGUUGGGUGAAGCCAUCCCUGAAAUCUAAAAGGCUACAAAUGAUGCCCCAAAAGGAAUGAAGAGGGGAGGUGGCAGCAUCUCCCGAUUGCUGAGAGGAUGGGACUGGGCAGAGACAAGAAGGAAGCUGGGGAAGACAGCAGGCCACCAACCUUGGAGCCAGGCUAACCCCCAUCCUUGAGGCCAGAGGGGGCUAAGGAGCCUGACAGCCCAGCUGGUCACCCCUCCCCAUCUACCAGAAUGUCCUGUGUGGGGAUGACAAAGACUCUCUGCCUUACUCACCUCACCCUGCAUCCCACUAAUCUCAGCUGCUUGGAUUCCCUGCUCUUGAAGUGUUUGCUAUGUGACUGGGUCCCACAUCUCUCCUGGAUUCUCUGCAGUUUUCUACCAGUUUGUAAAUGUUGCUGGUGCAUGCAGGAAUUGGAUGCAGCAAUGCGGAUGAGGAAAGGAGUUUCUUUGUUCGUCCUUUGGAAUAAUAACAUAGAAUUUAGUUUUUCA